GCCGCAAGUGGCUGAGGGAAGCUUGGCGACGGUUGGGAGGAAUGUGGUGGUCAUGGACAUCAGUGCCAUUGGUUGAUAGUUGUUAAACUCCUACUAUCUUACGUUUGAUCUCUCUCUCUCUCGUUGGCUCUCGAUUGAAGCUUGUGAGCUGGUGGAAAUGACACCAACUCGUCCCAGUUACAUCAACCAUAUUCAUGUCUAUAAAAUUUGAAAUUAUACAAAGUUCUAUCCUACACAGAAACAGCAUUAUGAGUUUAUGACAGAGAAAAAUGGUUCGAUUUAAUAAACUCUAGAUUACGUAAUAGAGAAUGUAAACCGAUUCACAUAAGUUUAUAUAAUAAAAUUUCUCCAACUACAUCGAACCGAGCCACUACUCAAAUUGGUGAUUUCCCAAUUAAACUCUAGGGUUUACGGUUAAGCAUAAAAGACACUUGUAUAAAUAGAAAGUGUUAGGGUUAGUGUUUAGUUUAAUCGCUUUGGUUGCUCCAAGAGAGAAUAUACAGAGAAAAAGGGUAGACGACAGUUGAUUGCGGCUAUGGCGGCAGUGAAUGUUCAAGACGGUGUUUCCGAUGACUUUGACUAUGAACAUUGGGCUCCAAUCACGAAGACGAGACUCGUGGAGGAUGAAGUUUGGGAUGUUGUUCAAAGCGGAGUCUCGCCAAAUCCAACGAAGAAUCCAGAGUUGGCGGCUACUAUUAAGUCCUUAGAUCUCGCACUAUGGAGAAAUCGUGCUAACAAAGACAACAAAGCGCUGAAGAUAAUGCAAUCUUCUCUCCCUGAUUCGGUUUUCAGGAAAACCAUCUCUGUUGCUUCGGCCAAGGAUCUUUGGGAUUUGCUCUAUCAAGGUAAUGGUACCAAAGAAGCUAAGCUACGUAGGUUAGAGAAGCAGUUGGAUAACCUUACGAUGGAUGAAGAAGAACAUAUGGAUUUGUACUUGAAGAGAGUUUCGAAAAUGAUUGACCGGUUCUACUAUUUGGGAACUUCACCAUCCGAUGAUAAGCUUGUCGCCAAGCUGAUAGCUUCGCUGCCAGAGACAUAUGAGGAUUGUAUUCCUUUGUUGGAGGAAUUCAUGACUCUGCCUGAUUUGACUUCUCGCGACCUCCUUCAUGUUUUUGAACAUUAUGGUGAUGAUCCUCGAACUAUGCCUCAGGAGUUGCAGAAAUUCAUUGAUUUUCUUAGAAAAGCCUGGGCUGAGGAGAUGUGGUGUGACGUGUGCCAGAAGGACAACCAUAACCAAGAAGACUGUUAUUACAACCCUAGGGUAGUGAAUUCGGGUGGAGGCCAGUGUGGAGGAAGAGGGAAUCAUGCAAGAGUUAGCAGCAACACUAGGAAUGUGCAAGCGGCGGGAACACAACAAGCUCAGAUGAGGAUCCAAAAACCCGAGCAUCUAAUGUUAGCUUUAAAUGUUGGUGGUUUGACAUAUGAUGAGAAUAUGUGGCUGGUACACACCAGUACCACGAAUCACAUGACUCCAUAUGACAAGUUUUUCACCACUUUAGACAGAUCGUAUAGAGCUAGGGUUGGGCUGGUGGACGGGAGAGUAAUCAUGACAGAAGGGAAAGGAGAUGUCGUGAUUAUGACCAAGGAAGGGAAGAAGAGAAUCAGGAAUGUGCUUUUUGUUCCCGGAAUCAACAAAAACGUGUUGAGUGUUAGUCAGAUGACUGCCGAUGAAGGCGGUUCAGUAACCAUGGGAGGAGGCAGAUGCAUUAUUAAGAAUCAGGCUGGGAAAGUCUUUGGAGAAGGCAACUUGGAUGAAAAGAGAGGAUUUAUCAUGCGUUUGCAGGUGACUAAAGAAGGUAGGCAGUAGACUUAAUUCCUAUGGUGGACGGUCUUUUAUGUGGUCGUUUAGUUUGGUGUUAUUCUCUGUUUCAAGUUUCUUUGCCUAAGGGCUAAGAAUAAGAAAGCUAAAUAAUAACAUUCUGCUGGUGCAGUAUGAGUUUAGUUGUCUUCUUUUAACCUAGGACUGUUUGGUUUUUAAUCUAGUAUUAUGAGGAACCAUUUUGUAUUCACAAUGCAGUGCUUUUGU